AUGCAGUCGUUGAACUUUUCCCACGACCCCUCUCCACCAGCGCCACAUGACCUGCAUGACUCAGAUAGAGUGAAGUUGCUGGUGCAGAGACGUAUGAAGAUUGAUAAUUCCCAUAAUGCAAAGUGCACUCACAGUAUACCCAGUACUCAGAGUGACACAUCAGCGUACACCUUGGGCGAGGGAGAGGACAAAUCAUCAAUCAUCCAUUCAGGCCACAUUCAGCAGGCUACCAGCGCCGAGUCACGUAGCCCGGAGAGAGACAUGAGAGAGAGCCCUAAGUCCAAAGUAAAGACGUACUGGACUGAAAGCAGCAAGGCGGUCUCUAUCAGUCGCCUGCUCUCCCAGACCUUUUACCGGAAAGAGAACUUUACUUCUCUGGACCUAAACUAUGAUGACGCAGAAGCUUACGCCAACCAGGAGCAGUGGAACUGGCAACACAACACUUCAAACCCACAUGAUCCGCGACCCAGGUCCAAAAGGAGGCCCAUCGUCAAGACGGGCAAGUUUAAGAAGAUGUUCGGCUGGGGUGACUUCCACUCCAACAUCAAGACAGUGAAACUCAACCUCUUGAUCACGGGAAAGAUCGUGGACCAUGGCAACGGGACCUUCAGCGUCUACUUCCGCCACAACGCCACCGGCCAGGGUAACGUGUCCGUGGGACUCGUUCCGCCCACAAAGACUGUCGAGUUUCGUGUCCAGCCGCACUACCAGCAGCAGCAGCAGCAGCAUCAGCAGCAGCAGAUGGUUUUGGAGGCCAAAGACACCAAGCUAUUCAACUGCAGGGUGGAGUAUGAGAAAGUGGAGAAGGGCACCAGGAACUCACUGUGUGCCCACGACCCCUCCCAGAGCUGCCCCCAGGAGCAGACUCAGAGCCAUGUGUCCUGGCUUUGCUCCAAGCCCUUCAAAGUCAUCUGCAUCUUCAUCACCUUCUACAGCACUGACUACAAGCUGGUGCAGAAGGUGUGUCCAGAUUACAACUACCACAGUGACACCCCGUACCUGCCCACUGGGUGA